AUCCCAAAUUCUCAAAAUGAAAGAUCUCACAACAAAAUCAAUUUUAUUUCUUCUUUGUGUUCCAACACUUUUUCAAUUAGCAUAUUGUUUGGACAUUGUUCAACACUCUUGCAAAUUGGCUGCAAAAACAGACCCAUAUGUUGAUUACAAACUAUGUGUUCAAAUCCUCAAAGCCAAUCCCAAUUCCAAAGAUGCAAAUUUCAAAGACUUGGUUAUGAUUUCAAUCAACCAAUCAAAGGCCAAUGCCACAGAAAUUAGGUCAGAGAUUUCACAGCUUAUAAAAGGCACUAAUGAGAAAUGGGGGAAAUAUUCAUUAAAUUGUUUAAAGAGCUGUUUGGAGCUUUAUUCUGAGGCUGUUUCUGAUUUGAAAAAGGCUUUAAGAGCUUUGGAAAUGGAGGAUUAUGAGACAACAAAUACAGAGGUAAGUGCAGCCAUGGAUGCACCAGUGAGUUGUGAAGAUGGGUAUAAGGAGAAAGAUGGGGAAGUUUCACCUUUGACAGAGAUCAAUGAUGGGUUCUUUCAGUUGAUUGCAAUUUCUCUUGCUUUUGUCAAUAUGUGUAAGUAAUGGAUGAAUCCCUAUGGUUUUUACUGGUUUGGGGUUGGGACUAUGAAGAGAAAUUUGAUAUGUUUAGAGGGGUAUUUUAGCAAUAAUAUGCUCUUCUUUUUUUCUUUUUUUCUUUUUUUCUUUUUUUCUUUUUUCUUUUUCUUUUUUUUUUUUUUUGUUUUUUGUAUUUUGGUAUAUAUAUGGUUAUUGUGUGUUGGGAGUGUUUAUUCAUGUUUUGUUGUUGAACAUUGUACUACGUUGUCUCAAACAUCAACGGUUGUUUAUGUUGGAAAGUCUUUUAACACUACAAUGAAAUGAAAAUUUUUUAAUAUUACCUCUAUUGAUUGUUUUCUAUUCAUUGUUUGUUAUAAAGAAUUAUGGUUAAAUUAUAAGUCUAGACACUAAGCUUUGAAAUUUUUGAUUGUUGGGUUCCUGAAUUAUGGUUUUUUUCUCAAUCCUUCGACAAAAAGAUUAAAAAGAUCAAGAAAAAAUGGGUCUGAACCUCCAUUGGAAAUGAUCUCGUCAUAUUUUAAUUUUCUAUUAAUAGUUUAUAAUUGAAAGCUUAUAUUAGUAAACUUUCUGAAACAAAACAAACAAAUAAAGUUCUUUGGUUCUAAACUGAAGCUGGUUUUUUUAAA